AUGAAUCAUGUGGUUUACGGUUUAUGUGCAGUUCUCCCGGUUAUCGUGGAUGUCAUUGUAAACCUUCCCGAUGAAACGGAGGCUAUUCUCAAGGGCAUAUCAACGGACAGGAUCAUAGAUGUUCGGCGGCUUUUAUCGGUUAACUUCGAUACUUGCCACAUCACCAAUUAUUCACUCUCCCAUGAGGUCAGAGGAUCGCAGUUAAAAGACACAGUGGAUGUUUCGGCGCUUAAACCGUGUCUUCUCACGUUAACGGAAGAGGAUUAUAACGAAGGAACAGCAGUGGCUCACAUCAGACGACUGCUUGACAUCGUCGCCUGCACUACUUGCUUUGGUCCAUCGCCGGAGAAAUCCGAAUCCGUGAAAAGUUCUCAGGUCAAGGGAGGUGGAAAGAAUUCCAAACAUUCGGAAACGUCGCCUCCGCCGUCUCCUGCGUCCAAGGAUGCGGUGAUUGAUGACGCCGGAGAGACCAGCCACUCUUUCCCUAAGCUUGGAAGCUUCUACGAGUUUUUCUCUCUCGCUCACCUCACUCCUCCUCUUCAAUAUAUACGCCUUGUGACUAAGCGGGACACCGAAGAUAUAUCUGCGGAAGAUCAUCUUCUCUCCAUCGAUGUGAAGCUUUGUAAUGGGAAGCUCGUUCAUAUUGAAGGUUGCAGGAAAGGAUUUUACAGUAUUGGGAAACAGAGAAUUAUAUGUCACAGUCUUGUUGACUUGCUUAGACAAAUUAGUAGAGCCUUCGAUAAUGCUUACAGUGAUCUUCUGAAAGCAUUUUCGGAGCGCAACAAGUUUGGAAAUCUUCCAUAUGGGUUUAGAGCUAACACAUGGCUCAUCCCGCCUACUGCGGCUCAGUCACCAGCAGCGUUCCCGCCUCUCCCUGUCGAGGAUGAGAGAUGGGGAGGGGAUGGUGGUGGUCAAGGGAGAGAUGGCACCUACGAUUUGGUUCCGUGGUCCAACGAGUUUGCCUUUAUUGCCUCUAUGCCUUGCAAGACAGCAGAGGAGAGACAAGUCAGAGACAGAAAAGUGUUUCUUCUUCACAACCUCUUUGUCGAUGUCGCGACUUUCAGAGCCAUCAAAGCUGUUCAGAAAGUAAUGACUGAGCCAGUGCUGGCUCAAGAAGACUCUGACGUUCUAUAUUCCGAGACAACUGGAGACUUGAGUGUUACGGUUACAAGGGAUACUUCAAAUGCAAGUAGUAAAGUGGAUACAAAAAUUGAUGGAAUUCAAGCCACUGGUCUGGAUAAAAAGAAGCUGAUGGAACGGAACCUUCUCAAGGGACUUACUGCUGAUGAAAAUACUGCUGCCCAUGACGUUGCUACUUUAGGGACUAUAAGUCUUAAAUAUUGCGGUUACAUUGCUGUUGUGAAAAUAGAGAAGGAGAGUGAGGAGUUAAGCCCACCUUCUCAAAUUGUUGACCUCCUUGAACAGCCUGAAGGUGGUGCUAAUGCUCUAAACAUUAACAGUUUGAGAUUCCUUCUCCAUAAAUCCUCUUCUGAGCAGAACAAGAAAACACCUCAUCAACAAGAUGAUGAGCUCACAUCUUCACGGGAAUUUGUAAGUAAAAUGGUGGAAGAAAGUAUUGUAAAGCUUGAAGAAGAGGAUAUAGACAGGGAGAGUAUCAUGAGAUGGGAGCUUGGUGCUUGUUGGAUACAGCAUUUACAAGACCAAAAGAAUACGGAAAAGGACAAAAAACAAAACAGUGAAAAAUCCAAGAAUGAAUUGAAGGUUGAAGGGCUUGGGAAACCGCUUAAGUCCCUCAAUAGCAGCAAAAAGAAAACAGAUGUAAGCAGCCCUAAGACGACGCAGACUGCAGUAUCAUCUCAGGUUGAUGGGGUUUCUUCAGAGACUGAUAAUUCUGCAGCAACUGCAUCUUUGCAAUCCGAUGCCGAGAAGAAUGCUCAAGAAAAUGUACUCGUCUUGAAGAAUUUGUUGUCUGAUGCAGCCUUCACUCGCCUAAAAGAGUCAGAUACUGGACUUCAUCACAAGUCUUUGCAAGAACUUGUCGACUUGGCACAGAACUAUUAUACUGAAGUUGCUAUUCCGAAACUGGUUGCAGAUUUUGGUUCGUUGGAGCUCUCCCCAGUCGAUGGUCGGACUCUAACUGAUUUUAUGCACACAAGAGGUCUUCGGAUGCGUUCCUUAGGAUAUGUUGUGAAGCUUUCAGAUAAGUUGUCACAUGUACAAUCACUGUGUGUUCAUGAGAUGAUUGUAAGAGCCCUUAAACAUAUCCUCCAGGCGGUGAUUUCUGCCAUUGCUACUGACACUGACAAUAUAGCUAUAAAAGUAGCUGCUGCUUUGAACAUGAUGCUUGGGAUUCCUGAAAAUACUGCAGCACCACCACAGAACACUUGGAAUUUACAAGGAUCUACGGAAGUUUGCCAUUCUCCGUGGAUUAUGCCAUAA